AUACGAUAAAUUAAUAAAAAGUUUCGAUUUUUGCUUUUCUUCUUCGAUUCAUUGCGCGAAUCUUCCGUGAUGUUGGUGUCUAGGGUUUUAUCGAGAGUUUCUCGCAGCGCAGGCUUACGCUCGUCUCUCUCCUCCGUCGCUACUCCGAAGAGGAAUCAGAUUCCGAUUGUUUCAAGCCGAUUUCACUCCCUCGUUCACGGAAAUCCCAACAAGCUUGUUGCAGUUCCAGUGUCGCUCCUAAACCAUGGAACUCUAGAUUUGAAUGUUCUUCAAAGGUUCGGCUUUUUUUCUUCUUCCUCAGCUGAACCUAAGGGAAAUGAGAGUAACACCGAAGUACCAAAGACCGGCGAAGCUUCUGAGGAUGUGGAGGUGGGGAGAGAUACAGAUGCAGAGAUUGAUUUCGACAAUUUGUCAAGAGACGAUUUGGUGAAGCUUGUGGGUGAGAAGGAAGAUCUCUUGAAGGUUCAGCAAGAAGACAUAAAGGAAAUGAAAGAUAAAUUUCUUCGUACUUAUGCUGAGCAGCAGAAUCUAAUGGACAGGACUAAACGUAAUGCUGAAAACGCCAAAAAGUUCGCCGUACAGAACUUUGCAACGAGCCUUUUGGAUGUGGCGGAUAAUCUUGAAAGAGCUUCUUCAGUUGUCAAAGAGAGUUUUUCGAAGAUCGACACUUCAAAAGAUUCGGCUGGUGCUGCUCCACUGUUGAAAAACCUAUUAGAAGGAGUGGAGAUGACUGAGAAACAAUUAGCAGAGGUGUUUAAAAAAUCUGGUUUGGUGAAAGAAGAUCCUUUAAAUGAACCAUUUGAUCCAAACAAACAUAACGCAGUGUUCCAAGUCCCAGAUGCUUCCAAGCCAAAAGGCACAAUUGCUCAUGUCCUAAAGCCUGGAUACUCAUUGUACGAUCGAGUUAUAAGGCCAGCUGAGGUUGGUGUUACUUGCGCUGUGGAGAAUCAAGAAGGCGAGAAAGAGUCUGCAGCUUGAAAAACUUAAACAACGAGAGUUAAGCUUUGUUUUAACAUCUUCAUGAGUUAUUUUUU